AUGACUCAUUCUCAUCAACAUUUAUUUUCGAAAUUUUUGAAAGUCCCUCGAUCUUUUAGAAAAGAACAAGAUAAGAGAGGAAAUUUCAGAGGAUUUACACCCUUUGACACUCAACAAUUACUUCUUGCUCAACAAUUGAGUGAUAAUUAUUUCAAAAUCUCUAUUGAAAAUGCUGGAGAUCAGCCCAUUAACGCAGUGUUAGCUCAAGCCGAUAAAGAUGCCCAAGUUUAUGACCCUGAAUUAGUUCGUUAUGCUCUCAUGGUUUGGAUUGUUCAUGAUCCAGAAGCUCGUCGCCGAAAAAUUAAAAUUCCACCCUUAGGAUCACGUGCGGAUCAUAUCGUGACCCCAGGAUUGUCAUUACAAGCAUCCACCGGGAGAAUUCCUCUUGAAUCUGGUGAUCCUCUAAGUUGGUGGAGAGAAGAUCCAAAUUUGUGUGAACAUCAUGAACAUUGGCACAUUGUGUUUCCGGCCUUCCCUGUUAAUGGUAAAAGUAAGGAUCGGGAAGGUGAAAAUUUUGUUUUUAUGCAUCGACAAAUAUAUGACAUUGAACGUAUUACGCAAGGUCUUAAAAUUGCAAAACCUUUGGAUAAUUAUAAUGAAGAGAUUGAGGAGGCCUAUGACCCGAAUCCUAAUUUAUCCACAAAUCCCGAUGAUGAUCCAACAACUGCUGAUAUUCCUUUCGCAGCUCGUAGCGUAGGAAGUGGAAAUAAUACGAUCGCUAUGAUGACACAAUAUAGGAACCAACUUAUUGAUUCUAUCAAUGGAAGGGGAAGUACACCUUUUGGAACGGAUGACAAAUCAGCAACUUUAGUAGGAAACACUUUAGAAACUACCCUACAUAACCUUGGUCACGUUAUGAUUGCGUAUAUUAUGACACCCGAUGAUCUUGAUAGUUCUGGUGUGUCACCAGGUGUAAUGAUCGAAACCAGAACAGCGUCUCGAGAUCCUGUUUUCUACCGAUGGCAUCCACCUCAUGACUUCAAAGAUGCACCACCUGUUGUAAUCAGACAAAAUGAUAUCAUUCUUUCUUUUAAAGAUAAAUUAUUGGAAGUGGAUGCAAACGGAAACUCCGAUGGUUGGUUUGAAUAUGCAAAAAGAGAAUUUGGUGGCCAGAAUUUCGAUUCAGAUGUAUCUCAUAAUACAGUGGUAACCAAUGAAUUGGAAACUGAGAUGAGGGACAGAGAUUUUAUAUGGGCUGAAGAUAAUAAGUCUUCGUCCAAAAUUACAUAUUUAUAUCCAAGGGAAUUCUAUUAUUUCUUCCGUGUUCAAAAUACUACUAAUGAGCCCAUUGAUAUCACUUUACGAGUAUUCCUUGUUCCUGAAGAGUUAAAGGAUUCACGUGUACAUUGGAUUGAAUUAGACAAAAUAAGAAAAAAGUUAGGACCUAAUGAAAAGGCAGUUUUCUCUCAAGACUGUGAUGAAUCUGUGAUAAUUCGUAAACCCGCUCAAAAGACUCCCGAUCAAAUGGAUAGAUCCAUUACUCCUGCUGAAGCGGAAGAAGCAUCAAUCUUAAGUGGUGAUGCAAAAUCUGAUGAAUUCUUCUGUGAUUGUGGAUGGCCAUUUAAUCUUUUAUUACCACGAGGUUCUAAGGAAGGACUGAAAUGUAAACUUUUGGUGUUUAUCACGGAUGGCGCGCUAGACACUGUACAAUCACCGACUCAACCUAAGAAAUGUGGCAGUUUAUCAUUUUGUGGUGCACAAUGGGGAGAGCCAUACCCUGAUGCUAGACGUAUGGGUUAUCCGUUCGAUAAGCCUUUCAAGAAUAACUCUUUUGAAGAUACUUUUGCUGGAUUAUCGAAUGUAGCUAUUCGCGAUGUUUCUAUUAAAUGGGUUAAAGAUUUCCCUGAUGUUUCAAUCUUAUUGUAA